UGCCGGGCGGUGCUGGGGCACAGGCGGGCAGCAGUAAAUGGUGACUCUGUCAGCGUCUGACCAUCCCAAUAAUGAAAACAGAAGCUGAGGAAAGCCUGCAGACAGCGUUCAAAAAGCUACGAGUUGAUGCAGCUGGAUCUACUGCUUCUCUUCCUGUUGGUGAGGGGACAAGUCCAAGAGCGCUAGUUAGAACAGCAGCAGAUGAAAACAAGCCUAAGAACGUGUGUACUUCUAAGGAAACCUGGCACGGGCCUGUGAAGAAGCCUUCAAGAGGAGUUGUGAGAAACCAGCGUCGCAGGCGUUCCCAAUCUCCAAUUCUUCAUCCUCCAAAGUUUGUCCAUUGCAGCACAAAAUCACAUUCCACGUGCAGCCAAGUAGUGCACAACAGCCAGACUGAUGCCGCAGAUGACAGCACAGGGUUUGGGAUGCCAAUCCCAAAGGAAGCUUGUGCACAUGAACGAUGCCGUAUUGCUCCAGACGUUGGCCAGAAGGGAGAUGAUGUUGAUUCUUCAGGAGCUUCUGUUGUGCGGUCUGCAUCAGAGAACAAACAGGAAAACUCUCCUGCUGUCAUUUCUCUAGAAUCCAAAGCAGACACAAAGACUACGGAGCUUUCUGACUUUCAAUCUGUGUCCAAGCUGAACAAGAAUAAGUCAUGUGCCUGUGCAGAUAAAGCCUGUCAGUGUAAACGAUGGCAAGAGAUGGAAGUGUACAAAUUCUCUGGCUUGCAGAACACUUUCCCGUUGGCACCUGAUAGAAUAACAGUUGCUGAGGAUCACUCACAACCUUUGCCAUCAAGAACUCCAUCAAGUUCUCCACGCUCUUGCUCUGAGCAAGCCAGGGCCUUUGUGGAUGAUGUGACUAUUGAAGAUCUUUCGGGAUACAUGGAAUAUUACUUGUAUAUUCCAAAGAAAAUGUCUCACAUGGCAGAAAUGAUGUACACCUGACAAUGAGGAGCACUAAAAACAGACGUGUGGGUCAUUUAAAUGUGACCUCAGUCACAUUCAUGUGAGAUGCAAUCCAAUUGUUGCUCACUGUGCUUGCAAUAAAAACCUUUCUUUGCAUCCUA